AGCCAUACCAAGGUGGUGGCGGGGGAACGGGUCCUGCACGGCGCGCCGCUGGCUGGGGGGCAGUGAGCCGCGGAACCUCAGGCCCAGCUCUCCUCCGCGCUGCGUGUGCCUGGCUGCCCGGAGGGAUGCUGUGGGCGGUAGGCCGGCGGUGGGUGUGGGCCGCGCUGCUUCUGGCCGCCGCGGCUGUGCUGGCCCAGGCGGUGUGGCUCUGGCUGGGCACGCAGAGCUUUGUCUUCCAGCACGAAGAGAUCGCGCAGCUGGCGCGGCAGUACGCGGGGCUGGACCACGAGCUGGCCUUCUCUCGGCUCAUCGUGGAGCUGCGGCGGCUGCACCCAGGCCACGUGCUGCCCGACGAGGAACUGCAAUGGGUGUUCGUGAACGCGGGCGGCUGGAUGGGCGCCAUGUGCCUCCUGCAUGCCUCGCUGUCCGAGUACGUGCUGCUGUUCGGCACCGCCCUCGGCUCUGGCGGCCACUCUGGACGCUAUUGGGCUGAGAUCUCGGACACCAUAAUCUCUGGCACCUUCCACCAGUGGAGAGAAGGCACUACCAAAAGUGAGGUCUUCUACCCAGGGGAGACAGUGGUGCACGGGCCUGGUGAGGCAACAGCUGUGGAGUGGGGGCCAAAUACAUGGAUGGUGGAGUACGGCCGGGGAGUCAUCCCAUCUACCCUGGCCUUCGCGCUGGCUGACACAAUCUUCAGCACCCAGGACUUCCUCACCCUCUUCUACACUCUUCGCGCCUAUGCCCGGGGCCUCCGACUUGAGCUCACUACCUACCUCUUCGGCCAGGACCCCUGAGUAGCCAGGCCUGAAGGAGGACCUGUGGGUGGACAGGAGCGGCAGGCCCGCACACAUCCACUUGCUGGAGCCCAUGUGAAAAGAUGGACAUACUCACAACAUGCAGAUACCAAGUUCCUGGUAUACAAGCAGGGACAUACAUGCUUAUACCACCAAACACAGAGACCUAUGGGAACAUAUGGGACACACAUUCAGACACUGAAUCCCCAUGUAUAUCAAGGGGUCCAGACAUGUUCAAACAUAUAACACAAGCUUGACUCAUUAACUCAGGCCUUUCCAGAGCUUCUCUUACCUCCUGUCAAGGCUCUGGAGUUCGGGGUGGUGAUGGGUAUUACACUCUGCCUGGGUCUUUCCCCUCAGCCCAGCAGCAAUUGGGGAGAGGGUGAGGAAGAAGAGUUGCCUUUGGAAGUUCCCUUUACCUGUAGCUAUGAUGCCCUUUCCCUUGAUCUCCCAGUCCUCACCAUAUGCCUUACCCCUGUUCUGUUCCCCUGCUAUGCAAGUCCCCUCAUGGCCUGUCCCCCACCCUCUCAGCAACCAGGUCAGUUGGGGAACCAGAAGAAUGUGGAUAAUGCUGAGGUCAGGGCCCCUCCUAUCAUGAAAGACCCCCAUUCCUCCUUCAGAGGUAUGGUGGGAGGAUGGCUUCAGCCCAGGGCCCACCCCUGAGGAGAGGACCUGAAGAGGUGGGCCUAGAUAGAAGGCCUUUUCUGCAUACACCCAUCACAGCUUUCAGACACUGCCUGCAUUUUCUGUCCAUCUGUCUCUGUUAAUAAAGACCUGUUGAACAGUUCCA